AUGUUUAAAAAUAUUUUAGUCCUGCGCGCAUCAAUCCAGGACGUGUCACCGGUUAACAAUCGCGCAGCAUUGCAUUUGAAGCUCAGUCCCAAAACUCGUGCGCUCAAAAUUGCGCGUAAAGAUGGAACCAUUACCACCAGCAUGGAUUUUCGCCAAAUGCGAAGAAGGAAUCGACAGCGAAAAUUGCGUCAUCGAGUGCUCAAAUCGAGAAUCUAUCGACACCUAGAUCCUGCUGAUCAGGUCGACGACGAAGAGUCAGAAUAUGAGGAAAACCAGGGAUUUCAAAAAACACCGGCAUCAAAUCAUCAUCGGUUCUCUCGUUACGGUCGUUCGGCUCCUUGGCCCUAUGACGAUAAUCACAAGAACAACCAGACAGGGGUCUGGGGUGCAUCGAAAUUGCAACAACGAGGACGGAAGAAUGGAUCGAACAGGAGACGCAGAGCACGUGAUUCAGAUUUACAAGAUCUGGACGGUAUCACCGAAUUACAGUUGGACUGUUCUGCCUGUUCUAGCUUGAUUCGACAAAACUCAGAGACGGAUCCUGCCGAGCUUAACCGAAAACGAUGGCUGGUUAUGGGUCGUCGAGUUUUAGAUGACAAAACAAAACAACUCACCAACCAGGUUCAGGUAACAUUCAUCACCGUUUGGGAUCGAAGCUCCGUAGAAUUUCGUCGAUCUAUGCAAGCGAUUCGUAAUCAACCAGUCUCACAUCUCUGUCCCAAACAACAGUCCGCCAUUGCUAUGGGUCCACAAAAACGGAGGAACUCUUUCGCACCAACGCGAAAUCUGAAAAUUCUGCGAUCUGCACCUCAUGAACUUUCCGAUGCGCCCAGUACAGAUGUAGCAUCCACUCCGACCUCUACACGAGCAUCCGAUAGACAGAUUCCAUCACCUGAGACAAAAGGCUCUCGAGCACCAACUAUUGUGACAGAAGAGAUGCCAAAAGCUGAAAGGCUAGUGGCACAGGAAGUUCACACUACAAAUCGCCCGCGCAACGGACGUUUCCGUACAGAAGCGGAAAACGCACAGCAGUCCACCCCAAAAGGAGUAACUGCCAGCUUAUUCCAGGAACGCACAUCACAUAUGCCGGUCCAUCAAGAUAAUCCUUCCGCUUCUACAAAAACACCCUCGCGACUUCUGGAAACUCAAAUGCUUUAUAGUCGCUGGAUGAAUCGAUAUCACUCGUCCGAUGGCUUAACACGUCGAGAACGCAGGCGCCGACGUAGGCUGGAACGUCAGCGUUGGAAACAAAUUUCUCAGACUAGCGACGGUCGCACAUCAUCGGGCACUCUAACUACCGGUCCGGUGCGUCCGAUCAAUCCAUACGGGAACGAACCUAGUAGUAGCUAUGCAAAAGCGAUAUGGGUACAUUAA